AUGGGUCCCCAGCAUCCACUGUUCCAAAUUUUGUUGAGCUGUCUGAUAUUAUUUUUUACCUGUCAAGGUUCUGUUUUGCGAACUACUAAAAUAGGACAAAUCCGCCGUUAUAACAUAGAUCUGAUUCUUGAUUGUUUCAAGGAGCAUUCAGAACAAAACAAGCGCGUAUACGCCUCCACAGAAGGAAAUAUCGCCAAGUUGUAUGACGAAAAUGGUGUGGAAAUAGAAUGUAAAAAUAAGAAUGACAACUCAUAUCCGUACGAUCAGCACUGUUUCUUCUCGCCUCUCAACUGUUUCUUCAACAAAAUUCGAUUAAAUAAGCAAACGAAGAUGCAAUCUGAUGGACCAGAUAGAUGA